AUGACUGUCUGAAGACUUUUAUUUCUCAUCUUCCACAUAGUAUCCUCAGAUGACAUUGAUAUCCCAAUAAACGACAAAAACGUUUACGAUUACAUUGAGCUUGAAAAUGGUCUUAAAUGUGUCGUUAUCUCUUGUGCUGAAUGCCCUGAAGCUGCAGCAUCUUUAUCAGUCGGUGUAGGCUCAAACCAAGACCGAAUCCCAGGUCUCGCUCACUUUGUAGAGCAUAUGCUAUUUUACAGCUCAAAAUCUUACCCAACAGAAGACUAUUUACGUACCUUUGUGAAUUCCCAUUCAGGUGACACAAAUGCGUAUACUGAUAAAGAAGAAACUAAUUAUUAUUUAACUAUCAGCAAUGACGCAUUAGAAGAGUGCCUAAAAAUAUUUUCCAAAGCCUUUGUCGAGCCUAUUUUUGUUGAAAAUGCAGUUAAUAGAGAAAUAAAAGCUGUCAAUUCUGAACAUGAUAAAAAUCGUUAUGACGACACUUGAAGAAUGGCAAGAUUAACAGAAAUUUUAGCUGGAGAAAAUCAUCCAAUAAGCCAUUUUGCGACUGGGACUAAUAAAACUUUGAAAGGUGAAGGAAUUGUAAGAGAAGUCCAAAAAUUUUUUGAUGAUUACUAUUUGGCAGAAAAUAUGAAUUUGGUUAUUUAUGGGAAAUACUCAGUUGAAAAACUUCUGGAGCUUGCUGUGGAGUAUUUCUCUGAUAUUCCAAGUGGCAGAAAUGAGUUUUUUUAUGAAAAACCAUAUUUAGAAGCAGGGAAAAUAGUAGUUGCACCAUUAAUGGCAGAAGGGUCAGUUAUGAAUAUUUUUUGGGCAUUUCCUUCGGAAUUUAAAAAUUAUCAGUAUCAGCCAUGCCAUUUUAUUUCGUAUUUGUUAAGUUAUAAUGGGAAGAAUAGUGUUCCUUCAACACUUUCAGACUAUAUAACGUAUUUAGAGUCUUAUGCAGCCAUGACUUAUUCAGAUUUUUCAUUAAUUGAAGUCAAAAUUACACUAACUGAAAAAGGCCUUGACCAAUGGAAAUAUAUUGCUGAGUGUGUUAUUGCAUAUGUGGAACAGCUUAAGCAACUAUCGUUUGAUGAGCUAAAAAUGCUUUGAAAUGACUACAGCCAAAUUUCUCAAUUAAACUUUGAUUAUUCGGAGUUUUCCUCACCAGAUGAUAAUUAAUAUAGUUGUAGCGACGAAAUGUGUCCAUGAUAACCUCACCAAUUUGGGGUGUCAAAAAUUUUUUAUAGCCUAAACCAAGGCUAAUCCUAACCCUUAGCUUCCUAAGAGCGGCUAUAUGGGGUGGGUAAGUCUUGGGAGAAAUCCGAGUCAAGGUAUUAGUUAUCCGAUGAGUUUUGGGCCACGGAUUCUUUCUCUGCCGGUUCUGGAGGGUUGUAGUUCUUUUUUCCUGGGUGUAACCUCCAUCAAGGUGGCCAGCAGGAAGCAUUAGGCUGAUCUUUGUCUCCAUAGCACCCAAAUGGCGCAGAGCAAGAAGAGUCUUUCUAACCCGUCGAGACUCAGGGAUAUCGGUGCGAGCUCCAGGCCCAGGAGUAGACUGCUGUUGAGACAAGAUUCAGUCAACUGAAAUUUCUCUGGCAAGCAGGUUUUAGUGUUCGCAUGCGCAUGGAGGCAUCAUAACUUAAAACUUUAAACCCUUUAAUCUUAACCUCACCAGAUGACGAAAUAACUUUAAUUUCUUCUAGCAUGCAUAAUUUCCCAAAAAAGCAUUAUGUUUCUGGUUUUACUAUAAAAGAAAAAUUUGAUUAUAAGCUGAUUACUCAAACACUAAAAAUGAUGACUUCUGAUAAUAUUUUUAUCGUAUUUAUGUCAAGUACUUUUGAAAAAGGGGCCAUUUUUGAUGGCUCUGCCUUGGAGUUUUCAUCUCAUGAGCCAUAUUAUGAUUUUGACUAUGAUAUUUUACAAAUCCACUUGACUAAAAGUGACAAUAAAUUUAGCGUUAUUGAAAUAAAUAAAAGCAUUCCUUCUGAUUUAAGCAUUUUAUCGUGCAAAGAUUGCUCCUUAUCUGUGGUCCAGCUUAAAAAGUCAGAUAAUAGCUUGCAGAUGUGGUAUAAAUUUGAUGAUUCUUUUAGCCAGCCAAAAGUAAUAAUCAGCUUUAUCCUUUUUUCAAGUUCAGAUUCUGUGCUAACUCAUACUAUUAAUAAGCAAAUUCUUGCUUAUUCGUGGCAGGUUUUGGCACAAAAAUUUUCAAAUAAUGAAUAAAUCGAAAUUUGCUUUUGGGUAAAUGCAUUUUUUCACGUUUUAUCUAAAAAGCCCCAAAUAUCGAUCUAUUACAUAAAAUUUACUAUUUGAAUUUUUUUUGCAAAAAUCAAGAAUUUGCUUAUUACUGUGUAAGAGAUAUCCAUUCUGAAUUAACUGAAAGAAUCAUUUCUGAAGAGCUUGCAAUGUUUUUAGCAUCUGGAUUUGUUGCUAAUAUUAAAUCAGAGUAUUCAGGAAUAAGUGUGACUUUGAUAGGCUGGCGUGACAAAAUGCAGGAAUUUUUAGAGGAAGUCAUAAAAAUCCUUUCUAAGCCAAAUCUCUCCAAAAUUAAUGCAAUUGCUGAAUAUUUAAAUGACCAAUAUAACUCAGCUAGUAACGAGCAAGCAUAUAUGCUUGCUUAAUCCCUCCUCCAAGAGCGAACAAAACCACUCGAAAAAUCCCUAUAUUUUUGCCCAAAAGCCUCUCCAUGAGCGAACAAAAAAUUUUGAUAUAUAAGUGAUAAUUAGUGUAAUGAAAUCUCUUGCUAAUUCUAAAUAAUUUUAAACAGCUUAAAUUUUUUAAAAUAAAUUUUACAAAUUGAAUUAAUAUUUGCUUUGGAUUUUUUUUAAAUUUUGAAAAAAAUUAACCCUUCCAUGAGCGAAAAAAAUUGUUUUGUUCACUCAUCGAGGGAGUUAUGAAAAAUUAGCUAACAUUAUUUUAGAAGACUAUUACACAUAUCCAGAAAAGCUUGAAAUUUUGGAAAAUUUUGAGCUCAAAGAUUUCAUUAACUAUCUCGAAGAAAUUCAAAACGCAAAUAUUGACCUUUUUGUUUAUGGAAACGUUUUGCAGAGCCAUGCUCAAAAUUACAAAGAAAUAAUAUGCAGUUAUUUUGAGCCAUCAGAAAAAAAUACAAGAAAAUACCCUCAAGCUGUCUCUGUGUCUGGAGGUGCAAUUUCAAUAGAUACUUCCAUUUCUAAUCAUUGUAUUUUUAAUUGGUAUGAUUUUGGGUAUUAUGAUCCUACAACUUUUGCAAUAUUAAAAGUCCUUACUCCCUCCCCCUCCGUGAGUGAACAAAACCAUUAGAAAAAUCGCUAAUUUUUGCCCAAAAACCCACCCUCCAUGAGUGAACAAAAAUUUUUUUAAAUAGAAAAAUUUUUUAUGGAAAAAAAUUUUGAUAUAUAAGCGAUAAUUAGUAUAAUGAAAUAUAGAGCUAAUUCUGUUUAAUUUUAAACAAAUUGCUUUUUUAAAAACAUAAAUUUUAUAAAUUAAAUUAAUAUUUGCUUUCCAAUUUUUGCAAAUUAGGAUUUUUUUUAAAUUUCGAAAAAAAAAAAUUCUAUAAAAUUUAUAACAAAAAAAUUUUGUUCACUCACGGAGGGGGGAGUUAGCGCAAAAUCAUCUGAUGAAGCUUUUAAAGUUUUAAGGACAAAUUACCAGCUUGGAUAUGCAGUAAUUUCUGAUGUCAUUGAUAAAUUUGGGGUAAAUAUAUUAUACGUUGCAGUCCAAGGGACAUAUAAAAAUCCUCCUGAUAUGGACGAAAUUAUAGAAAUUUUUUGAGAUGAUUUUGAGUUUUUGCCUGAAGAUAUGUGCCUUGUUGAUAUGGUGGCUGAAAAUUUGCUGUGAAAAUAUGAGUCGAUGGAAGCUGAACAUGAAUUUUUGUGGACAGAAAUUUCAAAUGGAAGAAGGGAAUUUGAGCACAAUAAGAGUUUAGCAGAAAAAGUAAGACAAGUGACAUAUGAAGAUAUAAAUAAAGUUUUGGAAAUUAUUAGAAGUGAUGGAGCGGAUUUAAGCAUUCAAAUAUAUUUACAAGGAUCUGAGCCAAGCAAUAUUAAUGUUGGCCUGAAUUAUAAUAAAUCAAAAUUGUAA